CGGGUUUUUUUUUUUGUUUUCGUGGGGGAAGAAAUAAAGGAUGUGGUUACCAAGAUACGGGCUUGACAGGAAAGAGAAACUGGAUGUGAAGGGAAUUGUGGCAGUGGCAAUUGACAGAGACAAAGGAAGCCAAGGGGCUCUCAAAUGGGCCAUUGAUUAUUUGCUUCAAAGAGGACAAUCAGUUUUCCUCAUUCAUGUCAAACUCAGAUCCCCUUCUAAUUCUUCCCAAAAGAUGAGCUCUAAAUCUGACUCUGAAGCCAGCAUCAAAGAAUUAUUCCUUCCUUUUCGUUGCUUUUGUACUCGGAAGGAUAUACAAUGCAUGGAUGUUGUGUUGGAAGAUACAGAUGCAGCAAGGGCCAUAAUUGAGUAUGCAGCAAAUAAGGCCAUAGAGAACAUUGUUUUGGGCGCUUCAGCAAAAUCUGGCUUCUUAAGAUUCAAGACAAACGAUGUUCCUGGCAGUGUAGUAAAAGGAGCACCAGAUUUUUGUAAUGUGUUUGUCAUUUCUAAAGGGAAAGUUCAAUCGAUGCGUUCGGCGUCUCGUCCCGCUCCAGUGAUUAGUCCUCUACGAGGUCAAUUAGCUCAACAAAGCAGCCCGAAAUCCGAUACGCCCGAGAUCCAGAUGACUCACUCUGCCAGUGCAAGAGCGUCUGCGGAUAGGCCCCCCCUUGAUCUGCCAUGUAAUCUGCCAUGUAAUCUGCCAUGUAAUCUGCCAAGUAAAGUGCAGGAUGAGACCGAUUUCAUGAGGUCACCAUUCACAAGGAAAGGAUAUAAUUACAAACCAUCAUCACCGACGCAAGAAUCGGAUAUAUCUUUCGUUAGCUCCGGAAGACUGAGCAUCGAUCGUAUAUUUCCUUGUAGUCAAGAUACAGGAGGAAGAGCCACACCACCACAGGUUUCAAGCAGUACAGAUUUUGACUUAUCUCAUAGCUUUGAGUCUCUACAGAUGGGACGGAUGUCAGCGGAUAUGAACUUUUCGUCCGAGUUCUCUUCGAUCUCGCAAGACAGUGACAGACUUUCGAUCUCAUCACAGUCUAUGGAAGACGUCGAGGCCGAGAUGCGGAGGCUCAAGCUAGAACUCAAGCAAACCAUGGAAAUGUACAGCACAGCCUGCAAGGAAGCUCUUACAGCCAAACAAAAGACAGUCGAGCUACAACGAUGGAAAUUAGAAGAAGAACAGAGAUUAGAGGAGGCGAGAUUGGCCGGGGAAGCUGCAUUGGCGCUAGCAGAACAGGAGAAGUUGAAGUCGAAAGCAGCCAUCGAGGCAGCUGAAGCGGCUCGGAGAAUUGCAGAAUUGGAAGGACAGAAAAGAAUGAAGGCUGAAAUGAAAGCACUCAAAGAAGCUGAGGAGAAGAAAAAGGCAGUUGAUGCAUUGGCAAACAAUGAUAUCAGGUAUAGGAAGUAUACAAUCGACGAGAUCGAAGUGGCAACGGAAUUCUUUGCUGAAUCUCGUAAGAUCGGAGAAGGAGGCUAUGGUCCUGUUUACAGGUGUAAUCUUGAUCAUACUCCGGUUGCCAUUAAGGUUCUACGUCCCGAUGCGACUCAAGGACGAUCACAGUUUAAACAAGAGGUAGAAGUACUCAGCUGUAUACGUCAUCCGAACAUGGUUCUCCUCCUUGGAGCUUGCCCCGAGUAUGGCUGCUUGGUCUAUGAGUACAUGGCUAAUGGGAGCUUAGAAGACCGACUUCUUCGACGAGGAAACACGCCACCACUUUCUUGGCAGCUCAGGUUCAAAAUUGCAGCUGAAAUUGGGACAGCAUUGCUGUUCUUGCACCAAACAAAGCCAGAGCCUCUUGUGCACCGUGAUCUCAAACCGGCUAACAUUCUGCUCGAUCGUAACUUCGUCAGUAAGAUCAGUGAUGUUGGCUUGGCUAGGCUCGUACCGCCAUCGAUUGCUAAUAGUGUAACACAAUAUCGAAUGACAUCGACCGCUGGAACAUUUUGCUACAUUGAUCCCGAGUAUCAGCAGACAGGUAUGCUUGGUGUGAAAUCCGACAUAUACUCGCUAGGCAUCAUGUUUCUCCAACUGAUCACUUCUAGGCCACCAAUGGGAUUGACUCACCAUGUCGAAAGAGCUAUCGAGAAGGGGACGUUCGAAACUAUUCUCGACCCAGCCGUCCUUGAUUGGCCUAUUGAAGAAGCUUUGUGUUUCGCCAAGAUGUCACUCAAGUGUGCCGAGUUACGACGUAAAGAUAGGCCUGAUCUUGGUAAGGCCAUCCUUCCAGAGCUUAACAGGUUGAGAACUUUUGCAGAAGAUACAACGCACCCAACACUGAUGGGGGGAGACACGAGCCCCUCUCGCAGCAACAGCCAAGUUUCUUUACAAUUUGGAUCAUCACCGCAAUCAUACAACAGCUCGAGAAACCCAUCGACAACUUUUUGAAGGUAAGGUAGACCACACAAUUUAUUAUAUCAUUGAAAGCAUGUUUGAUUCAACGAAGUAUUUGAUAGCCCAAGAACUUAUUUGGAUCAAAUCUCUAUCAAGUUAUGCUUUGUUGGAAGUUGGUCUGAUGCGGAAGGGAAUGCAAUUUGUGAAUAUAAAUUUGGAUAUUUUUUUGGUU